AUGAACACUAAUUAUACAACCGAAGGUGGAAACACUCUGGGAGAAAAGUGUUGGGAGUUCACAGGCCAGCAGAGAUGGGUGGUCUGUCCAGUGGCUUUCUUGGGAUUUUCCCUUGCAAGCAGCAGUACUGUGAAUGCAGCAGGGUCUCCCCAGGUCUGGGGAGCUCAGGAAACUGGGAGGCAGAAAAAGGAUGGUGUGGGAGCGCUCAAUAACAUUUACUUUAAAAAAAGAAAAAGUUCUGGGGGCUUGGGCCCCCGCCGUGAGGCGUUCACGUCUGGGGCGACGGGGGGCCCUAUGGGCCCGCGUCGGCGCUUCCGGCCCGAGUCUGAGACGCGGGAGGGGCGCUGCGGGCGGCGCAGCGCCGGACACGCCGGGAGAGGGGAGCCCACGGGCCGCGCCGCUCUGGGCCUGGAGCGCUGCCGAAAGCCCGGGGAGCCCGCGGGCGCCGCGGUUCUCCGCCUGCCGCCGGGGCGCCCGGCCGGUUCGCGGCGCCCCCUCCGCCCAGGGAGAACUUGGGAACCACCAAACCAAGAGUAUUUUAAAUGUGACUCCUGGCUCUCUACCGCUAUUUUAAUUAGUCAAGAAUUCAACCACAUGGCCCCAUCCUUGAGAGCAGCUCACAGUGGAGUAUGGCACCAGAGCAAGAAAAUAGAUUUGGUGACAGCAGCAGCCCAGGCCACACCAUCUUACUGCUCCAAAGGCUCUAGUCAUAAUAGCUGACAUUUAUCAGCGGCUUUCAUUUGCUGUGGGUUUUGUGUACAUUAUCUUCUCAACGACCCUGUGAGGAUGACUUGAAAACAGACUAGCAAGAUAUGCACAAUGUGGUAAAACAAGUUAAAGAAGUUGGAGAACUGAAGCCAAGAGAGAAUAUGAUAG